CUUCAAGAAAACUUUUCGGAAUCUUGCCCCCUCGGCGAAGGGUUUCGAAACGGCACUGCAUUUCAAGUGAGGUUUUCUUUUAACAGAUCUUGCUUCUUUCUGAGGUCGCUGGUUAAAAGUAUCGGGCUUUGUAAACCCUAAUACUACAAGAAAUGGACGGGCUUGUAUCUGCAGCAGAGUCUAUGGCUAUGGAGGAGGAGUCUGAGAAACCAUCGAUUGAAAGGGAAAGUAGCCUCGAACCUGACUCUAGUCCUCCUAGUCCGAAAGUAUCUGCUAAGUGGAAUCCAUCAGAAGCUUGCAGGCCCUCGGUUGAUGAUGCUCCCAUAUUCUAUCCCACUAAUGAGGAUUUCGAAGAUCCACUUGCUUACAUAGAGAAGUUGCGCACUAGAGCAGAAUCAUAUGGCAUAUGUAGAAUUGUGCCGCCUGUUGCAUGGAGUCCUCCCUGCCCUCUGAAGGAAAAACAAAUAUGGGAGAAAUCGAAAUUCCCCACACGGAUCCAGCUUAUUGACUUGCUUCAGAAUAGAGAACCAAUCAAGAAGUCUACCAAAGGCAAGAAGCGUAAACGGAGAGGAAUCCCUAAAACUGGAUACACAAGAAGAAGAAGGGAUUCAAGCUGUGAUACUGAUUCCUCUCAGGACGCUGAAGGAAAAUUUGGUUUUCAGACUGGGCCAGAAUUUACCCUGGAAGAAUUUCAGAAGCAUGAUGAAUUCUUUAAGGAGUCUUACUUUCAGGUAGAGGAUCAACCUGGUUCCAGAGCGUCUGAAAAAAAGAAAUUUAAACCCAAGGUAAAGGACAUCGAAGGUGAAUAUUGGCGGAUCGUUGAGCAAGCAACUGAUGAAGUAGAGGUGUACUAUGGAGCUGACUUGGAAACGAAGAAAUUUGGAAGUGGGUUCCCAAAGCAAUCACCAGGGUCUGCUAGAAGUUCUGAAGUAGAACAAUACUCUAAACAUGGUUGGAACCUAAACAAUUUAUCCCGUCUCCCCGGAUCUGUUUUAUCUUUUGAGAGCUGCGAUAUCUCAGGAGUUAUUGUGCCAUGGCUUUACGUUGGAAUGUGCUUUUCAACUUUUUGCUGGCAUGUUGAAGAUCAUCACUUAUAUUCCUUGAACUACUUGCACACGGGAGAUCCAAAGGUUUGGUAUGGGAUCCCUGGAAACCAUGCUGCGUCCUUUGAAAGCGCAAUGAAAAAGCAUCUUCCAGAUUUGUUUGAAGAACAGCCUGACUUGCUACAUCAACUGGUCACUCAGUUAUCUCCAAGUAUCUUAAAAACGGAGGGAGUACCUGUCUAUCGAGCUGUCCAGCGCAGUGGAGAAUUCAUCUUAACCUUCCCUAAGGCCUAUCACUCUGGGUUUAAUUGUGGUUUCAACUGUGCAGAAGCAGUAAAUGUUGCACCAGUUGAUUGGCUGGUUCAUGGACAGAAUGCAGUGGAAGGAUAUAGCCAGCAACGGCGAAAAAGCUCCUUGUCACAUGACAAGCUGCUUCUUGGAGCAGCUCUGGAAGCUAUCCAUUCCCUCUGGGAGCUGGCAGUUUCAAGGAAGAAGACUGCUGCGAUUGUGAGAUGGAAAAAGGUUUGUGGUGAGGAUGGAUUGCUUACGAAGGCAGUCAAGAAGCGGGUGGAGAUGGAGGAAGAAAGACUAAAACACCUUCCGGAUAGUUUUAGCUUGCUAAAGAUGGAGGGGGAUUUUGACAUUAAGAGAGAACGAGAGUGCUUCUUGUGCUUCUAUGAUUUGCAUAUGUCUGCUUCAAGCUGCAAGUGUUCCCCCAACCGAUUUUCAUGUCUUAAACACGCUAAGGAUCUGUGUUCAUGUGAAAGCCAGGAAAGAUUUGUCCUUCUUCGCCACACCAUGGUUGAGUUACGGUCUCUGGUCAGAGCUCUAGAAGGGGAUCUCGAUGCCAUAGAAGCAUGGGCACGUAAAGGCGGUGACCAAUAUCCUUUACAGCAUCCAAGAGCAAAAGAAGCCUUUGACCUCAAGGGUACCUCUUGUUCAAAGAGUCAUGGUUCAUCAAAAGCACAGCACCGAGACCAAAACAAUCUUCAGUUAGGCUCUGAAGGCUUACAAAGUGAUCUAGUCGUAAACAAGGACGUUCAGUUGAAACAAGAUGCUGAUCAAGAUGUACAUGGAAUCACCAGUAAGUCAGCUGUCACUGAUGUAGACCUUGCUGAGAUAGUUAAGUUUGAUGAGGAGAAGAUUUCGGUUGAGUCUCAAAACCCACAUUCUGUUUUAGAUGUAGGGUGUAGCGAGCCGGCGAAGAAACGUGAUGGUUGUUUAGAAGGGAAGGACCAAGAUGCUGCAACCAAUAGGUUAAGUCACUCUGUUGAGCUUUUGAAGUCUGGAUCUCUCGUUGUUAAAAAGCUGUGGUGCAGUAAGCAAGCCAUAUACCCAAAAGGAUUCAAGAGCCGUGUUAAGUUCUUAAGCGUGCUUGAUCCAACAAAACUAACAAACUACAUCUCAGAGGUUCUGGAUGCAGGGCUUCUUGGUCCAUUGUUCAGGGUCUCGCUAGAAGAAUGCCCCGGCGAGAAUUUCUCGAAUGUAUCAGCUGAGAAGUGCUGGGAAAUGGUGAUACAAAGACUCAAACUCGAAAUCAUCAAGAGGUGUGGUGAUCAACCAGUUAGCUCUUUGACCUCUUUACAGCCUUUGGAGAGUAUUAAUGGGCUUGCGAUGUUUGGAUUUCUCUCCCCGCACGUUAUUGAGGUGGUCGAGGCUCUUGAUCCAAAGCAUCAGUUGGAGGAGUAUUGGAACCAGAAAACAGCGAAAGUGUUUGGUUUUGAACUAACAAAGGAAGAAAAGGAGAUUACAGAGAAAGGAGGGGCUUCAGAUCCCUCUAUGGACCGGGACACAAGGCUUCUGCGUGGACUGUUGAAAAAGGCGACACCGGAAGAGCUUGCAAUGAUGCAUGGACUUCUGUGUGGUGAGACACGCAACACCGAGAUUCAGGAAGAGCUCUCUUCUUUGGUGGAUAAGAUGGAGAAAAGUCCUUGAUGAUGAGAAAGCAGGCACAUACACCCUAUUUGAAGUUGACUGUGUUGUUCCUUCGGUGUGUGUUCAAGCUUCAGUCAUUCUGUUGUAUUAGUGAAGAAAAACCUAGAUAGGUAAUACAAAAGUAGACAAAAGGUUACUUUGUUUAGGAUUGUUGAUUGUACUGCAUUUACUGUGUACCAUUGUUCUCCAUCUUAUUUGCUUGUACCAGCUUUAAUUGAAGAUAAUGAAAAUGCUUCUGUGACUAGU